AUGAUUAGAGGAUUCAAUGGCUUUAGAGGCAAAUUAGUGGGCCAAAUUGGCGGAAGAAAUGCUGGGGCAUGGAGGAAAAGCGUUGUUGGUAGGAUGUAUUCGGUGGAAAGUGAAGCGGCCAAUCAGGCCAAACAGGCCACGAGAGAGGCCAAAUUUGUGGUUAGACCGAAGGAGCGCUCUCGGAAGUGGAAUAAUGUGUUGAUUUUCGGUACGUGCUUUGGGAUCGGCUGGUAUACUACGCAGCAUCUGACCCUUUCGGACAUCAUGGCAUGGAUGUUCUAUUCGAAAUUGCCUGACACGGACGCGAAAGUGGUUGAGUACAGGGAUGAGUUGAACCAGAGGUGCGAUAGGCUUCCUAUCGUGAAGCAGCUUUUGGCGAAGGGGUACGUUGCGGUGUACAAGAAGAAUGGAUCUGGAAAAUCCGGGGAAUCUGGGUUGGAGUCCAACACGCUCAUUGACAAGACGUUGAGCGUUCCUGGGGCCAUCAGCAUUCCUCCCAGAAUAUACUACAACCCCACGACCAAGGACACUGUUUCUAUAUACCAUUUGGGGAUGAAGCUCACUGGGUAUCCGUUCUUGGUGCAUGGAGGCAUUUUGGCUACGGUUUUGGAGGAUACGAUGCGGGACUCAGUGAAGCUAGUGACGGGGAAGCAGGCAGAGAUCACGAAGGCGUUGAAGCUAAGCUACUCGUUCCCGACGUUGGCGAACCAGUUUGUCGUUGUGAGGAGGACGAAGUGGGAGCCAAAGACGGGCAGCGUUGUUGAGAUGGAGGCCGAGUUGAUGGACCAGGCCGGGAAACGGCCUCUCGUGAAGGGCAAGGCCACUUUCAAGGUGAAAUAG